AAUUAAAUGUUACUGUCAAGUUUUGGCCUUGUCUGCCACAUUUUGACGAUUGAUUGAUUGAACCUACCUUGAUUGAACUUGCUCGAAAUUGACUUGUAUAGGUAUUGUAUUGUAGGUACAAUAAAUAUUGCAUUUUCCUUCAUAUAGCAGCAUAUUUCACUUCAUUUCGUUAUUAUAUCCUAUUGUAAUCAACAUUAGUUUGUGUAUAUAUUAUUGCUAAAUGUGACGAAUUCUCAUAAUAAUGUAUGGAAUCAGCAAAGAAGCUGUGAGAGUGAAAGUCAAGAAAUGUGAAGGAAAACUUCAACCAGAACUGAGAAAAUUUUCUGUAGAUCCCCAAAUAACUUCACUUGAAGUAUUACAAAGUAUCUUAAUCAAAGCAUUUGAUAUCAAGUCUGAUUUUACUCUCUCAUACAGAACACUAGAUGAUUGUGGCCAGGAAAUCUACUUGCCAUUGCUUUCUGACUGGGACUUGGAUGCUGCUUUUCUCAAGGCACAUAAUAUAGCUCUGAAUCAGAAAUCAGAACCAUGUGUUCAACUGAAGGUGGACAUGAAGCCCUUUGCGGAAGCGUCGGAAGACUGGGAGCCGCCAAAUGUGAACACAGCUAUACCCUCAUCCAACCAAACUCUUCGUGAGAGCCCUACAAUUGUUCCUAUGGUACAACAAACAGAAAAAGUAGAGACUCAGACAGGACUUCAGGGGCUCUUUAUGAACCAGGUUGAAAAAACAUUCAAUAUAGUAUCUAGAGCUUUAAACCUGUAUGAAGACCCCAACAACCCGCCGCGUCCACCUCUCAGUGACAUAGAGUUCAGAGCAUUCCUGGAUGCUACAGGACAAAUCACAAAUCCCACAAAACUCAGAGAAGUAAUUUAUUGCGGUGGAAUAGAUCCAAGUUUGAGAAAAGUUGUAUGGAAACACAUUCUAAAUGUUUAUCCAGAGGGCAUGAAUGGCAAGGAUAGGAUGGACUACAUAAAGAGAAAAGCAAAUGAAUAUUACAGUCUUAGAGCACGCUGGAAGGACUGUAUUCAAAAGGGAAAGGUGAAUGCUGACUUAGCUUACGUCACUGGAAUGGUCCGCAAAGACGUCCUCCGUACUGAUCGGCAUCAUAAUUUCUAUGCUGGUAGUGAUGACAACCAGAAUAUUGCUUCUCUUUUCAAUAUAUUGACAACUUAUGCUUUGAAUCAUCCAAGAGUGAGCUACUGCCAGGGCAUGUCGGACCUGGCGUCGCCGCUGCUGGUGACGAUGCGCGACGAGGCGCACGCCUACAUCUGUCUGUGCGCGCUCAUGGCGCGCUUGCACCCCAACUUCCUGCUUGACGGCGAAGCUAUGACGCUCAAGUUCUCGCACCUCACUGAAUCGCUGCAAGUUUACGAUCCUGACUUCUACAACUAUUUGAAAUCGCAGCAAGCCGACGACUUGCUCUUCUGCUACAGGUGGCUCCUGUUGGAAAUGAAACGCGAGUUCGCUUUCGAUGACGCUCUGAGAAUGCUCGAAGUAUUAUGGGCAUCGUUGCCUCAAAAGACUCCCGCUGUCGAGUUGCUCCUCAAAGAAAAAGAAUUCGAUUCUUCCAUAAAGAUAGAAGAGAACCCGCCUCCAGUUAGCCCGUUGAUCAAAGCGCCACGAGAAAAUGCGUAUACAAAAGUUUGUGCGAUACGCCGACAGAGUUCCAGUUUCAGUUUAGCUAAUGUGAAAGCACCAAAACUUUCUACUUGCAGACAGAUGAAUCACAGCCUCGAUGAAAACGCAACUCGAAAGGUUCAAACAAACCCAUCCCUUAAACACUCUAAAGAAUUCGCAAGUUUGGACGAUGCAGCUUUACAAGCUCGCAAACACGACAAAGACGAAAAUGCACGUGACAAGAAUAAAGAAAGUAUGAAAGAUACAAAACUUCACUUGAAACAAAGUAUGAAGAGUGUCCCUGAAGAUAGUAAACCUGUGGAUUCAAAUACGACGGCUCCUAGCGCUUGGUCCAGCACUGGAAAUUUGGUAAAUGGAACUACUGGAAAUACUCAAAUUGAUACAAAAAGUCCUUUAGGAAGCCAAAUACGACAGUUACGGGAUAAGAUAUCUGUGCAAAAUAAUAAGUUCUUUGCGUCCUUAGACAAACUAACUGACUCCUCUAGUUCCGAUUCUUCCAGUAGACCACAAGUAAAAAUGAUAAAAAAUCUCAAUGAAUUUUUAAAUUUAAAUUUUGCGGGUGUAAGUAAAGUUGGUGCUACCAAGCAAGAGAAACUUCAAAGAACACAUUCUGUUAUUGAACGUAGUUCCAAAGAAUGCCCUAAAAUUUUGUUAACUAAGACAUCAUUUGACGAAAGCGAUUUGAGUGUAGGAAAGAAUCAAAGAAACGAUAGAACUAGAAAUAUGUAUAACGAACUAAAUGACGGGAGCAGUCCAGAUGAUUCCCAGGAAUAUUAUCCGAUGACAACUUCCAUGACAAGAGAGUUAAGGUUGGAAUUGGAACAUCUCGAUCGGCAGGUGUUCGGACCGUCAUAUGUAAGCAGGUGCAGUAUGAUAUGCGACUCUCCGUCCGACUCCACGAGCACCGACGAGAAACUUACGAACGACUGUACAUAUGUGAAACAAGCGCGGGUUGCGACUGAUACUUUAGAAACGAAUACAGAUAUAACAGAACUGAUAGAAACCGCAAAGAAGUCCCCCAUGCUCGACACCGUAAAAUCAAACGCCCGCAGUGCAGAAGACAUUUACCUGUGGGAGAACCCGCUGCACCGCAACACGCCGACGCGCGCGGCGGCCAGUUGUCCGCUCACGCCCGACGAGCAGGCCGACCUCGAGUUCGACGACACCGGCGAGAUCUUCGAGGAGCAGGAAGGCAAGAAAUCCAUCACUCCGAUCAGAUUGCUGAGAAAAAACCAAUCUCUGGAACGACCGUUGGAACCUUGUAAAGAUGUUCUAUAUUGCGACACCCACUCCAGCGCGUCCGACUCUUCAGAGAGAACGACUCCCGAGGUCCCUGAAACGCCGACGCCUAAGAAUAAUCUCCAGGAAGUGGCCACAAAUUCAUCUAGAUCACAAAAGUUCUUUUCGAGCAUGUCCCAAGAAUUAGAAAAUGCGAAAAGAAAUUGUGAGUCGCUUCUGAAUGCAAAACAACCGAAUUUACACAGUGUGGCUUCGACGAUAAACAAUUUCCAGAAAAAGUAUGAAGUUUUCAAACCUCCAGUACAGCGUAAUGCUAUGACGAAUUCGACCACCAGUGAUUGUACAGCAAAAUGUAGCAUAAGCAGUCUACCCGCGCCGAAACUCUUCGGAGGCGGUAACCCAUUCCUAAUGUAUCUCUGUCUGACAGUAUUAUUACAACACAGGGACUAUAUUAUGCGAAACCGUAUGGACUAUAACGAACUGGCUAUGCACUUCGAUAAAAUGGUUCGUAAGCAUAACGUAAACAGGGUAUUGAACCAGGCGCGGCAGAUGUAUGCCAUUUACUUAAAGCAACAAGCACAUAAGACUGGCGACGUAACGACUUGAGUUACAAGCAAUUAAUGUAACUACCGCAAGUUUCAGUAUAGUCAUUAGUUUUAUUUACUAUGUUAGUUAAUUUAGGUAUCCGAUACUGUUGAUCUCAUGUUAUUUUUGCUCAUAAAAUAAUAUAUGCAUUACGCAAAAUGAGGAAGUAAUGCUAGGAUAAAUUAAAUAUUUCUAAAUUAUUUUCAUUCGAGGCUUUCAAGCAUGUGCACUUAUAAACGGUUUUGCGCCCGAGUGUAAUCCAAUCUUGCCUUAUGUGGAUGCUGCAAUUACUUAUUACUUUUCGAUAAUCUUUCUAAGGUAAUCUUCUAACAACCAAUCAUCAUGUCAAAGUCGUCGAAUCUUUGUUCAAUUCGGACAUUCCUGUUUUUGCAUUGUUCAAAUAUAUAUUAUGCCUUAUAAUACUAGACAUGAUAUGGUUGAUCAUUUUACUGUUUUUAUCAGCGGUUCAUGUUUAAUUUUGCUACUAGUUCAAAUAUUUAGUAUCUUAUAAUUUCAUUCCAAAGAGCUUUUAUUUAAGGUGACAAUUUGUGAUAUAUUUAAUGACUUUAAGUUUAUAGUAUGAUGGUGUUUUUCAAAGUUUUAUUUGAAAAUAAUAUGUAUAUAAUUGAGCACAAUAAUAUAUAUUUACUUCUAAAGAUGAAUUUCAAGUUACAACAUAGGAAAAAGUAUUUUUCGAUUAUACCUACUAUGAAUGAUAUUCUAGCCUUUCGAUAUUAUACGAUAGUGGCGCUUAUGGCUUGGCCUAUAUUAUAGUAACGAUUUUGAUUGUACACGGCUCUGUAUUAUAACUCUAAUUGUGAAAUCAAUAUGUUCUGUAAAUAAAGUACUUAUUAACGACAUAAAUACAUACAAUAUUA